AUUGAGCACUCAGUACUCAGCAGAAAGCAAAACAAUCGGGCUCGGGAGGAACAUCCGAAGUCAAUGAAGUCUUCAUAGCAAAAAGACACGAUAAACUUUAAUUGUAAGAUAGUUUACGGGAAAUAUUCACUAUGAUUAAGUUGUUUUCUAUGAAAAACCAGAAAAAGGAUGGCAGCGAUGCCCCUAAACAAGGAAGCCAGAAGCGAGCCUCUGCGGCCCAGCUGAGGAUUACCAAAGACAUCAAUGAGCUGACUUUACCCAAGACCUGUGACACUGAGUUCCCAGACCCGGACGAUCUUCUCACCUUCAAGCUCAUCAUUUGUCCGGAUGAGGGCUUUUACCGAGGAGGACGUUUUGUCUUCAGCUUCAAGGUCGGCCCAAACUACCCACACGAACCUCCCAAAGUUAAAUGUGAAACUAUGGUGUAUCAUCCCAACAUUGACCUUGAGGGAAAUGUGUGUCUCAACAUCUUGCGGGAAGACUGGAAGCCAGUUCUCACCAUCAACUCAAUAGUAUAUGGGCUUCAGUAUCUGUUUCUGGAACCCAAUCCUGAGGAUCCCCUGAACAAGGAAGCGGCUGAGGUUUUGCAGAAUAACCGGAGGUUAUUUGAACAGAAUGUGGUCAAGAGUAUGAAGGGCGGCUAUAUUGGCAAUGUAUACUUUGAAAGGUGCCUCAAGUGAGGUGUGAAUGUUGCUGCUACCAAGAUUACAAUCUUAAAAACUUUUCUCAGAUUGUACUGUCAAGUUAAUCAAGUAUAUGGCCUCUCCUAUUUUUUAUUUUUAGUGAUUAGCUUGCAGAGUACCUUCUCAUCUCUUUAGUCAUCACUAUUUAUUUCUUAAUUGUAAUUUGACUUCCAUCAGAGUUAAAUUGAUUUUCUGCUCAAAGUAUUCAUAAAUAUUGUUUACUUCUCACCACGAUUUUAGAUUUUAUAAAUGAGUCAUAAAAUAAGUUGAAAAUUUUUCUUGUUUCUCUUCCUGAAUAUUUUAAGCAGCAUUGGCUGUGAUCACUCCACAGGAAAUGUGUAGGAGUGCGGCUCAGUGAUUUGGUUACUUUGUCCUUUAUGUUGAAUUAGUUAAAUUUAUACCUGUGAAGGAACUUGUCCCAGUUUAUCUGCCAUGUACCCCGAAUCCAUUCCAAUGCUCAUGCUGAAGCCACUAAGUGGGUGUAGAACAAAGUGUGUAGUGGUAUAGUUACAUAUCACAGCCUGAGAGAGUCAAGAGUCAUGCUUUUGUCAAAUUGAAUGUAGUACAGCCUCAAAUUUCUGCAUUUUUUCAACAUUGUUAAUUCUUAGGUUCACUUGCUGAAAAAUUUAAGUGGGAAGCAGGUGCUUAAUUUUGUUGAUAAAAGAUAAUUACACAAUAUUUGGUUGCUUAAUUAGUGGUGUCUUCAGAGAGGCUGACUAUCAAACAGGAUAACUUUUUGAAGAAUUGAAGUUAAGAACAAUGAAAUAUGCUGCCCCACCCCCUUUUUUUUUUUUAUAGAAUUGAAGUGAAGAACAAUGAAAUAUCCCCCCUUUUUUUUCCCAGAAUUCAUUCUUACAAUUUUAUUUUUCCUGCUUAAAUAUAUAUUAUGUGUACUAGUGUGAGUCUAUCUCAGACUGAAGUAAGUAAAUGCUCUAUGCAUAACAUUUUUUUAAGCUACAGUACCCAUAUCAGUAAUGAGACUUGUUUUUCUGGUACUCCAAGCAGCAUGGAUUUGUUUAUGCCAAGACAUUGCUUUAGUCUGAUACUUUUUCACAUAGAACUGUGGUAUACAUUUGUUUGUCUUUAUUUGCCUCAUUCUUGUUGUGUGUGAUGUGUUGUCCAGUCCUAUUGGUCUUUAUGGCAGGUGUUGCUCUUCAAAACUUAACCUUUUUCUCGGGGAGGAAAUUAGUGUAUAAUUUUGUUUUAUUCUUCCAUGACUUUAUACACAGUCAAAAGAUGAGUUUCCCUGUGAGAAAGUGAUUAAGAUAAAACUAUUUUGCUUGUGUCCUUGUAGGGAAAACAGUACUGCUGUGGCAAAGCCUUUGUUCUGAGGCUUUGUUAUUAUAAAGUGAAAUUCCUUACAUGAAUGAAUGUACAUAUGCAGCAUUGUACAGAGUUUUUUUAAUAUUUCUGUGAAAUUAAUAUACUUCCUUGAUGUUGAAAAUGUUAUCUGCUACAUACUCAAUGCUGAAUCCUACAUCACUUCGUGCUAUAUUGCCAACUCAAGAACUGACACACACCUGGGAACGGAAGCUUUUGCAAAGAUGAAUACAAUAAAAACCAGCAUGAAAGGUUUCCAGAUUCAUUAUCCUCACUGGAUACUGUAUUGAAGCACAAAUAAAAAAUAAUAGGAA